AUGGGAAAUGCUUGGAGCUCACUAAAAGAGAAGCGAAAGGAGAAAAAGGAAUUAAAGAGGUAUUUUCAUCGCUUUUAUUUCAGUAUCCUCAACCGUUUGCUUAUGUUCCCGGAGUUAACGCUUUCUGCCAAUGAAGUCCCCACCCUCAUCAAAUAAGCGCCACACGACGAACAAUCUGGGGACAAUUUAUCCAAAGCGCAAAACGAUGUUCCGGACAAAUAUCCUCAUCUAUAGAGACUAAACUAGUACUGAUCCAUAUUUUAUUUAUCCCUAGGAGAGAGAAAACCUAUAGAAUUUUAACAGCAUCAGCUGAAAGAGAACGCAUAUCAAAAAGAAAGAAACAACUGGAACAAGAAAUCGAACUCAUCGAGAGAAAAAUUUACCUGGAGAAAAUGAUGCACAUUGCCAGAAAAAGAAACAGUAGACCUCAAGUGCGAAGAGUAAUUGCCCGGUACGAGAGUUUCUAAUUUAUAUGUGACUAAAACUUCAUCAACUAUGCUUGUUUGUUGAUUUAAUCACAAGUGUUCGUUUAAAACCAGUGUUGACCGGCCGGUCAAUUUCACACUUCUGUCAGUCCCAAGAAACAAACUGAAACAAAAACCACAGAAACUACAUCAGAAACGUAAAGUUAACUGACUUGGUCCCAGUAUUGCUCUCCAAAGAGGUAUAACAGAUGACAUUGCGAAAACCGUACAGUUCUGGGCAGGGGCCAUGGGUUUGGCCUCAUUCCACAAAAUGUUAAUACACCUAAGCUUUGACAGAUUGUGCUCGCAAAAGAAGCAUAAUAACUCUAUGAUAUUUAUGCUAGUUUUUGUAAAUGACUUUCAUUUUAGCAAAAAAUGGAGAAAUUAUGCUUCUAUGUUCAUAAUUCAUUGUCUGAGUUCUCUAAAAACUAAAACAAUUAACAAUCAGCACGUGGACGCCAUCAAUGGUAAUCACUGUAAUUAUGCGCGUACAAAGCUAGAGUUCUGGGUCACAACUGCUUGUCACUGGUCACUGGACCAAGCCCCAUGAAUGACAUGAAUGAGACAAUAAGCAGACCAAAAACUAGUGUGCUUCACAACCGUUUCUAGUGUCGUCACGCAAAGCUCACGUGACGACACUAAAAACGGCUGUAUAGUAUAGCAACUGACUAAUCAAAAACUGAUUUUGUUGCCAAAAAUUUGCCUGUAAAAAUAACUACUGAUCGGGAGCUUUUUUGGAAAACAGGUGAAAAUCAUGCUCGUGCUUGAAGAAUUAUGCCAAAACGUAUGCUAGCACCGAUCAAAGCCUGAAUACACCUCAGAUCAGAAUACGUUGUACCAAGUGGUUUUUAGCUUUGCACGGGUUUUCCUCAGCUUUCGAUCCUUCUCCUAAAUUUUCCCUGUGGGUUACAAUCUAAGGUUUGCCGCGUGAAGUUCUGUUGGUCCUUCCUCUACGCAUGUCCGAUCCAGUUCAAUUUCCUUCCUCUGAUUGUGACUUCAGUCCACUCGACUUGUCCUUUCCCACAGCAUGUUCCUCAUUGUAAAUGGCUCUUUGUCAAGACACCCCUGAGUCUCUAUCUUUUGAUAAUCGUCUUUUAAUCGUCUAUUACAGGCCAUCCCAAGGCAGUAAUCCGUCAACAAAGCAAACACAUUUAGCAGAGGUUUAUUCCAGAGUCCCUUCAGCCAAGAGUCCAGUUCUUGGGGGAUUUCACAGCAAGAAUGGUCCACAAGCACAGUGUACAACCUGCUCAUAUCGGCUUUAUCUUAAAGAUGCUACCAAAGGCCCCGUAGACCUAUAA